AUGCCUGUAAUCGUUCUCUCCCUAGCAUCAUACCUCGACCCGACCUACGUCCCGGAAACAUGGCACAUCUUCCUGUUAUACCAAGGCUUCAAUUUUGCGUUCACAGCAUACAACAUAUUCUUAAUGAAACGCACAGCUUGGAUCCAUGAUAUCGGAUUUGUGCUUUCCCUCUCUGGGUUUGUUGUGAUUACCAUAACAUGCCUAGCUCGGUCCGAGAAAAAACAGGACAGUUCAUUCGUCUGGAAAGGGUUCAUUAAUGAGAGCGGAUGGUCUUCUAAUGGCAUUGUCUUCCUGACCGGCCUGCUUAAUCCCAACUUUAUCUACUCUGGUCUCGACGGGGCCAUCCAUCUCGCCGAGGAAUGCACCCAUGCGGCAACUACCAUUCCAAAAGCGCUGAUGUCUACAAUUAUCAUUGGCUUCGUGUCAGCCUUUGUAUUCAGCGUCGCGAUGCUGUACAGUUUUACUGAGAUUGAGCCCGUUCUUUCUUCCCCACUACCGAUUCUGGAGAUUUGGUCUCAGGCAACAGGAUCUAGCGCCGCCGCAACAGUCUUCGUCGUGAUUCUUUUGACGUGCGGUUGCUUUGCUUGUGGAGGAGCCAUACAGACCGCCAGCCGUUUAACAUGGUCAUUCGCCCGUGAUGACGCCAUCAUCUUCUCAUCGUUUCUGCGCAAAAUUAACCCUAGCCUCGGCGUACCCGUCAACGCACUUAUCGUAAACUCGGCCCUGAUUUUCGCUCUGGGCUGCAUCUUUCUUGGCUCCUCGACUGCUUUCAACGCCCUGGUAGCCACUGGUCUCAUCCUUCAGCAAGUCAGUUUCGCAUUCCCUGCGGCAUUGGCAUUGUAUCAUAGGUCCAAGGGCGCUGCAGCUUUUGAGCGCCUACUACCACGCCGCAAAUUUAGAUUACCUGGGUUUAUCGGAGCCAUUGCGAAUGUACUGACCAUCGUCAUGGGUCUUGUCGCCCUGAUUUUCUAUAACUUUCCAGUGGUCAUGCCAGUUACAGCUUCGAACAUGAAUUAUGCAUGUGCCAUCAUUGGAGUGAUGGCGCUGUUUGCCCUUGGAAACUGGUUUGGAUAUGCCAACAAGGGAUAUGCUGGACCGCGGCUUGAUUAA